CCUAUUGACAUCUAUAUAUUCGAAGCCCUUUUUGCCAAUCUAUCUCAUUCAUUCAUAAAACAAAAGCGAAAAAUCGAUUGCAAAAGAUGUCUCUAAUAACAGAGGAGAUGAGAGCAAGUGCCACUGAAUUCUACACUGGAAAUGAUAUCUGUCAAGAAAAAUCAAAGUUCUUGUUAACAGAAAUGAACCUCCCAAAUGGGCUUCUCCCUUUGCAAGACAUGUUAGAAUGUGGCUAUGUUAAAGACACUGGCUUUGUUUGGCUCAAAUCAAAGAAAAAAACAGAGCACAAAUUUGAAAAAAUUGGAAGAUCAGUCCAAUAUGCAACUGAAGUGACAGCUUAUGUUGAGCCCAAUAAGAUCAAGAAACUUACUGGGGUUAAAGCUAAAGAGCUUCUAAUGUGGCUAACACUUAAUGAAAUUUCUGUUGAUGAGCCAUCUACUGGGAAAAUCCAUUUCAAGACCCCAACUGGUCUUGCUAGAACUUUCCCUGUUUCAGCCUUUGAACUUGAUCUCCCUAAAAAGGAAGUCAAAGAAGAAGCCAAAGAAGUGAAUGCUGCUGCUGUUGAAGUGAAAGAGGUUUAAAGAAAAAAAAAAGUUUUAUUUUGAUUAAAAAGUUGUUGUUUUACUACUACUUAAGUUGAGGAUGAUGAUUAUCUUGAUGUACUCGUGAUGAUGAUCAAGUGGCUCAUCUUUUCUUUGAAUUUAGUCACAUUAUUAUUAAUAAACUUUAGUUUAAAUGAAAAGUUUAUUUUUCACGA